AUGGAAUCUUUGGGUGCAAAAGUCCACGGUCAAGUGGUUGUCGAUGGGGUAGGUUCAACAUUGAUAACCCACCGACUCCGGACCGUCGCUCUCGAGAGGCGAGAGAAUGGCAAACGAGUUUAUAUAGGCGGCCGGAGCGAAGCAGCCGACGUUUCACGGGCGAUGGCGAGGCCGCAACAGCGCCCCAAAAAUUCCGUUUUCCUGGGGGAUUUUGGCGGUUUUUCGAGAUGAAAAACCUGCUCCAACAUAUCACCGUGGGAGACGUGAGAUCAAACGGAGAUACCAAUCAAACUGAUUUCCCCAGUGAUUACCCAGAGAUGUAUGAAAUUUUUGUGGUCCCGCCUCCUCCACCUUUGUCACCGUUAAUUAAAGGCCGUGGUGGGGGUGGAGCAUGAUGGUGAAGCACAGUGGGCGUGAAAAAAAGUAGAACACUCGAUAUCACAAAAAUCCAAAUUUUAUAUUCAUUCAGGUAUCAAACAUCACUUCGCGCCGUUUUUCCGAAAUGAUCAGUUGAACCUGAACUUGCAAUAAACCAUAAAACCACUUUAUCGCCCUCCAUUUCGGUAUAAAAGAGCCGUCGGACGCUCAGUUCUUCACAGAAGCCUCCAAACUUCUUCCAUUCUCAACUAUGAACGUCUUCUCUUUCUUCGUCGUCGCCAUUCUCGCCGUUUCUUCGGUCGCCGGCAUCGGAUACGUCAAGGGCGGCUCGAAGGGAUGCGGUGGAAACAAGGGAUACGGAGGAGGAGGAAUCAUCAUCGGAUCCGCCCGCGGCGAAUAA